AUGGUCACGUUGGACAACUCACUCCGCCUGGUGGUGCUGCUUUGGUGUGUGGUGUCGGGAAGCGGCGAGGUAGCGCUCCGAACCGGAAGAGCCCGGCAGGACAUCGCGUAUGGCAACGGAGGUUGCCCCGCUUGUGCGUGCGGAACGACGCCACCCGAGACCCUGCGUGUUAUCGGCGGGAACGCGUCCGACGUCGACCGGUUCCCCUGGAUGGCGGCCCUGUUCUACCGGACGCGGUUUACCUGCGGUGGCAGUUUGAUUAACGAUCGCUACGUUCUGACGGCGGCGCACUGCGUGGCCCGGAUGGAGGCGGCCGGCUUCGAGGUGUACCUCCGGCGGCCGAACAUCGUCGAGCUGAACGACGGUGCCAUCCACCGGCGGGUGGCGCGGAUCAUCGUGAACCGGUACCAGCAGCUGCGGAACAACAACGACGUGGCGCUGCUGCUGCUCGAAGGUCCUCCGAUCCGGCCGGAAGAUGGGGCGGUCCCGAUCUGCCUACCUCCCGGUGGCUUUGCCGAUGGGUUUCUCAACGGCCGGGAAGCGGUGGUCACGGGCUGGGGCACGACGGAAACGGGCGAGCUGUCCGAGUACCUCCAGCAGCUGAGCGUGCCGAUCCUCACCAACCAAGAGUGUCGUCGGUCCGGGUACUACCGAUUUGAGAUCACCGCCAAAAUGCUCUGCGCCGGCUACCUCGAGGGUGGGCGGGACUCGUGCCAGGGGGACAGUGGCGGUCCCUUGCAGCUCCCCCGCACCGCCGACGGUUCCCCCGAGGCGGACAACCAGCUAGGCGACGGAGGCCCGCGGCAGAUGAUAGUCGGAGUGGUCUCGUGGGGAAAUGAGUGCGCCCAGCGGAACUAUCCCGGAGUGUACGCACGGGUCACCCGGUUCGUCAGCUGGAUCCGGAGCCGAAGCCGGGGCGCGUGCUGGUGCGAUUGAAGCGGAACCCGGGUUUCCCCCCAGGUAACCUUAAACCACUGUUUAUCGGCGGGCGGACGUUCAAUUUAUGCCAGGCAGAGGCCAAUUAAU